GGAGGCUGAACUGGAGGAAGUACAAGGUGCCGCGCUACUGUUCUCCCUGCUGAGAUUUCAUCUGACUUUCCCAUCUCAGCCACUUGAUCGCUCUCACUGCAGAGACGUCGACUGAGCUUGGAGAGGAGACUCGCCUAAUGCACAGCAAAACGCUCCUCGCCAGUCUCUCUCUCAGUGCACGGCAAUGGCUUUGUCAGCAGCGGAUAAGAAGCGCCCAGAGCCCUGUCUGAGGCUUCGGGAAACCCGAUUGCAACACUGAUUUGUUUCCAGAACAGCAUGCGUGUGUUGCGUUACCAGGGCCGGGGGUGGAGGUUGUGUGACCUGCCUAUCGGACGCAUUUUCUUAAUAACAAUAACAUAGAGCGCGUCUGGAUGUCUUCUGCUUAAAGAGAAAACGCUGUGAAUCUGAUCCUGCUCAGCGAUUUCAGCAGCAGAUCCCGCAUUCGAACGCAUGGGGAAAACAGCGCGGCGCGUUCUAUAAGCAGCAGAGGAGAAUAAGAGAUCGCCAGUCUCAAAGCUGCCUCUGACCUUCAGCACCUCGGACUUUCAGCACCUCGGACAGCGACAACUUUCCCAGCCAACGUCUGGCGUUUGAGAGUCGAUCCAAACCAGAUAAUGACUCCCAGCAACAGCUAAGCACUGGAUUAUUAUAAGAGCAAUACAUGCAGGAAUGAUGGAUGGUCGGUUCUUCGAGCAGUGGGUGCUGACUAAAGUGUUUGUACAGGAAUCUUGGGUGGAAGUAAUGGUUUGAGGAUUAUCCCCAAUCAGGUACAUUGCAAGGUCAAAGCCCAGAUUUGGAAAUCUCUAUGCCAGGGAAAAGUUCAUUGUAUCGUUUUUUUGGGGGUUUACUUGUGGGGUUGCCCUCUGGCCGUCUCCUAAACUGUUGUGCCUCAUUGUGUCUGAUCCACGCUAAAUUGUUGUGAUUUUACUAGGCUGCAAGCCAGAGGUGAUGUGAUCUAAAGGAUAUGCCACACCGAUGGUGUUUCCCCCAUACUCUCCCUUUGCUGGAGAUGAUUUUACAAACCUCUUCUCCUUGCAGCCCAUCCACCGUCGGUUUUAAUGCAAUUGGAUUACACGACAAGCAUAUACCUUGGGUGAAAAAUAAAAGUCUACCAUUCUAGAAUGCUAACGUUGGGCGAAGAGCACCGAAGUUACCAGAAACCAAUUUGCAAGAUCGUGAGAUCCACCCUGAGGCACCUUGCUAUAAUUUUAUCUGCAGGUAAAAAGUGCAGCUGCGAUCCUCUUUACUCCCGAGGAAUCAGAUUGCUUGCAUCUCCAUGGGACAAACUAUUGUAUUUAGAUGACCAUGUGAACACCAAAGAGAUGAUUUCCUAAGCAAGGUUUUGCAAGUUAAUUUACCAUGGAAAAACUGUUUUGUUAUCUGCUGUUCAUUGGCAUGGCAGUAAGAGCAGAGAUCUGUCCAAAGCGUUGUGCCUGUCAGAAUUUAUCUCCAAAUCUUGCAACCCUUUGUGACAAGAAGGGGCUGUUAUUUGUCCCUCCAAACAUUAACAGAAAGACUGUGGAAUUACGACUGGCGGAUAAUUUUGUUACAAGCAUCAAAAGGAAAGAUUUUGCUAAUAUGACAAGUCUAGUGGACCUAACACUGUCAAGGAAUACAAUAAGUUAUAUCACACCUCAUGCAUUUGCUGACUUGCGCAAUUUGAGAGCUUUGCAUUUGAAUAGCAAUCGACUGAAUAGAGUCAACAAUGACAUGUUUAGUGGUCUUUUAAAUCUCCACCAUUUGAUACUUAAUAACAACCAACUAACAUUAAUUUCAUCUACAGCAUUUGAUGAUGUUUUAGCUCUUGAAGAACUUGACCUGUCUUAUAAUAACCUUGAAACUAUUCCUUGGGAUGCAGUGGAAAAGAUGGUUAGCUUGCAUACACUUAGUCUGGAUCACAACAUGAUAGAACAUAUCCCAAAAGGUACAUUCUCACAUCUUCAUAAGCUUAACAGAUUAGAUGUGACGUCAAACAAACUGCAAAAGCUACCACCUGAUCCUCUCUUUCAGCGAGCUCAGGUGUUAGUAACCUCAGGAAUAAUGAGUUCCUCCACAUUUGCGUUAAGUUUUGGGGGGAACCCUUUGCAUUGCAAUUGUGAAUUAUUAUGGCUGAGGCGUCUUUUAAGAGAAGAUGAUUUAGAAACUUGUGCUUCACCUCCACUUUUAUCUGGACGAUACUUCUGGUCUAUAACGGAAGAAGAAUUUUUGUGUGAGCCUCCACUAAUCACUAGAUAUACACAAGAGCUCAGAGUUCUUGAGGGACAAAGAGCAACAUUAAGGUGCAAAGCUCUUGGAGAUCCUGAACCUGCAAUCCACUGGAUUUCUCCUGAAGGGAAACUUAUCUCUAAUGGAACCAGAAUUCUUGUUUAUGACAAUGGAACACUUGACAUUCUCAUAACAACUGUUAAGGAUACAGGUUCAUUUUCCUGUAUUGCUUCUAAUCCUGCUGGAGAAACAACAAAGACUUCUGUCCUUAACAUUAUCAAGCUUCCUCACUUAGUUAAUAGUACAAACCAUAUUCAAGAGCCAGAUCCAGGAUCUUCAGACAUUUCUACUUCUACAAAGUCUGGUUCUAAUGCUAGCAGUAGCAAUGGGGAAACGAAAAUUACCCAGGAUAAAAAAGUAGUGGUGGCAGAAGCAACAUCUUCCACUGUUCUCAUCAAGUUUAACUUUCAAAGGAAUAUACCUGGAAUACGUAUGUUUCAGAUACAGUAUAAUGGUACAUAUGAUGACUCACUAGUUUACAGAAUGAUACCACCAACAAGCAAGACAUUCCGCGUUAAUAACUUGGCUGCUGGAACUUUGUAUGACCUAUGUGUCCUGGCAAUCUAUGAUGAUGGCAUCACAUCGCUCACUGCCACAAGAGUUGUGGGAUGUAUUCAGUUUACAACGGAACAAGAUUAUGUUCGUUGCCAUUUUAUGCAGUCCCAGUUUCUGGGAGGUACAAUGAUAAUUAUAAUAGGCGGAAUUAUUGUUGCAUCUGUUCUUAUUUUCAUCAUAAUCCUGAUGAUCAGAUAUAAAGUUUGUAAUGGAAAUGGACACCAUAAAGCUACAAAAGUCAGCAAUGUGUAUUCACAAACAAAUGGAUCCCAGAAUCAAAGUUGUAGUUCUUCUGUACCAUCGUCUGCCUCCAAACAGGUUGUAGGACAUGAGGAAAGCUCACAGUGUUGUAAAGUGUCUGCUGAAAGUGGGUCUCAGGCCUCAGACACUUACUCAAGCCAAGAUGUUCCCUCAACUACCUCUGCCUUGUCUCACACUUGGACUGCGAAUACAUCUGCAUCACUGAAGCAGAAACGAAAAACUGCAUUAAAGCCCAUGGAUUCACAAACAGAUACAGUUUUAAAUAUUGAGGCCCAAAAUACAAAUAGAAAUAAUUCAACAGCACUCCGAUUAUCCACUUUUCCCUAUCAAAAAGAAGCACCAGUAUAUAAACGAGCACAAUCAAAGCCAAGCAAGUUUCUUACUUUACCUGCAGAGACAUCACGGGCAAAAAGAAGGUACUCUUUUAAUGGUGAAGUAAUGGAGUACCAUUGCUAUGUCAAUGCAUACAACACUGGUGGAUUAUGGUCCAAAAGGAGCAUGUCAAUGAAUGGAAUUCUCAUUCAGUCAGACAAUUCAGACAUGGACAGUGGUAAAGCAACUUGUUCAAGCUCUGAGUGGAUAUUGGAAAGCACUGUGUGAUAUGCUCUUUUGCUUUUAAAAAGGAGCAAUACCAAUAAUUCAGAGCACCAACCUUAAAAUAAAUUGAAAGUUGCAGUCUUCUUGUUUUCAUUGAUGGUUUCUAUAUGCAUUGGGUUAUAUACGAGCCAGACACUGCUUCUUGUUGUUGGUGAAAAUAAUGUCAAAACAGAACACGAUUUUAAGAGAUAGUGAUAAUGGGAAAAAAGUCACAAAACAGCACCAGUGCCUUCCCUUCUUAUAGGACUGGCUUCCUGGUUCUGCAUCAGCAGAAAUGAGACUGAAUUCACACAAAAAAGCCUUUCAUGUAGGAAAUUAAAUUUCCGUCAAGCUUACAACAUACAAAAAUAUAAAAACCCAAUUAUGGAAGAAUUAGUAAAAUAAUAUUUUUUAAAUGACCAGACUGUAUUUAUUUUUGAGUGACAAUGGUGUUGCCUUUAUUUUUAGGCAAAUGCUGUACAGAACAACAACUUCUGUGUUGUUAUGUUGUGUAAAAUAAAAUAUUAAAUAUCUAUACCAA